AUGGCGGCCAUGGAGAAGGAGUUUUUCUGGGGUAGGCGUUAUACUUUGGUGCAGUUUUACCAUAGUGAUCCUUUAUUAACUCCCAUUUUUCACAGGGUGUGAGCUAAGUAAAGAGAAGAGAGAGUAUAGCUGGGAUUCUGAAGAUGAGGAAUUGAGCAAAGCUGAUAUUGAACAGAAAUUAGUAGUGUCACAGGUAUGAAACGUUUGUUUACACCACGUGCGAAGGGGCCACUAGAUUUUGAGUUCGAAAAUUUGUGAAGGCAAACGUUAUCUCAAGGGCAAGGUGGCAGACAAUUGACACGUGUUUAGGAAUUGGCAAGGAAGACAAAAUUGAGGGCUUUUCGUCGAAAACUCGGUUGCCAAAAUUGGCCUAGCAACUCAGCUCGGCCUGCUUAGCUUGUCCUGGGAGGAUUAUCUCUGAGAGUUGUAAUUGGUCAAGGAACUCUUAUUUGUUUCAAGAUCUAUGGGGCUUAUAAAUAUUUCAGUACACGAAGCAGUUUUUAUAUUGAAACUGAGGUAUUAUGUUAAGCUUUAGUUCAUCAAGAAUACAGAAUAAAUAAAUUUAAAUGUGCGUGAAGCUUCCAAUAAAUUCCACGUGCUUUGCCCUUGUUUUGUUUUGACCCUCUGUUUCAAAAUUUCCCUUCCUGCAAAAGAGUAUGAUGUUAGUGAAAUCAAGGGAUACAGUAUCUAUUUCUCGAUUCUCGAUGACUGCUUUUCAAUUCUUGAUGCUUGAUGCUUGCAGAAAUCGAGUUGAGAAUCACAACAGACUGCUCAACUUUAAUACCGCAAUGUUAGUUAUCCCUUAGUUUUCUAACGGGUGAAGAUCAUUACACACAUGAAUUGACUAAUGCACAGAUAAUGCUAGCACUUUAAUGGGCAAGAAUUAGAUGCUAUAAAUAGAUUGACUAACAUCACUAACGGAUAUGACUAGCACUCUAACCGGCCAGGAUCAGAUGCUUAUGGACUGACUACUGUCGAUAACUAACACAUAGCUAUGGUUUAGACCAUUUAACAGAACAUUGUUCGUGUACAUUGUAUGUUGUCCCAAAGAAGUUCACAUUUACUUUAUAGAUGCCAUUUACAUGUAGUUUAUUGUGACUGAAACAUUACAUGUUCAUACAGGAGCAUUCGAUAGAGUACCCUGAAUAUGCUACAAUUAAUUUUAGAAUGCCCUUUGGCAGCGCAGUUGCCUAUCAAUUACCAUGUAUGUGGCUCCAGAACUACAAUUUUUAGCAAUCUCUUUUUCAUUCUUAUAUUGUAUGUAAAGACAUGUAUGUGAUACACCAAACAAACUCUUUUUAAUGUAGUACAAAACAUUAGAAAACAUUUUUUAAGACUUGGUUUCCUUUCAGUAUUUUGCAACUUUGUAGUGUAUACCAACAUUUAAAUGUACAGUGCACAUGACUAUUGUCGAUAGAUGCUACAUUAUUUUGUUUGUGUACAGGCUUGUCUUGGUGCUAAAGCUAAAUCUAGUGAGAAAAACAUUGUGGAAGUAACAACAACAGACAGCAGUGACAGCUCCGUGACCCACACAAUUCUCAAUUUACAAUCUGGAAGACUAGACCAGGUAAAUGAUGCAGUACACCCACACUCAUGUGCUUUUUUUUUAAUGGUAUACAGCUGCAUAAUGCAUCUAUUACACUGUAGGUUAGAAUGUCAACUUAGGGUUUUCUAAGAAUAAGCUAUUCACUUUGAACCAGGGGUUUUCAAAACUGUUUUUUGGUCUUCCCUUGGUUCACAAACUAUGCAAGACACAGUCAUUUCCUGUAAGGCAAUUUAUCUACAGUAAUUGACUAACAGAUGUGAAGUAGAGAGGAAAAGUUUGGGUGAAGUUUUUGCCCAUUUUGCAUUAUUGUGCCCUUUUUCAUUUUGUUCAAUUCUUCCAAGCUGUUACACAUGUAUCAAGCUACUGAGACAGGUGCAUGUACAUGUACAUGUAUGUAAGUCAAAGUGUAAACACCGUUUAAUAGCAAUAAGUGCAUUAUAAUUAUUUUUUAUAGUCUUAAGUACACUGUACUUGAUAUGAGAGAUCUUGUAAACACUGUGGCUUGUUUUGUCUUUUGGCUACAAAUUUCAAAUAUUAAAAUAUUCUAAAAAUGACUCUGAAACUAAUAUAAUUUUGUUAGCGAAUGGUUAUUAUUUAUGUUAAAAUUUAUUUAUGUUUUUCUCCUUGUAGUGUCGACUUAGUUUAGGAUUCCCUUCAUCUGUUGUUUUUAAACUCGUAGAAGGUUAGUUAUUUAUUUUUAUUAUGAAUAUCUCACAAAUACACUGUGGAUUAUUUUAUUCACUUGGAUAUAUUUUUAUAGAUUUUGUAUGUAUUUAUAAGUGUAACUGAGUAGUUUGUUCAAGUCAGUGUCUGAACAUCAUGUCCAUCUGCAAACGUUAUUAUGCCAAACAUUAAAAGGCAAUUAAUUUUAUUCAGACAUUGUCUGAUGGCCAUUCUGUUGUGUGCAUCUCUGACUAAAAUGACAUGUUUGUAGGUUCUGGUCCUGUUCAUCUCACUGGUUCUGUUUACCAAGGUAAUGUAAGAGUUAACUAGCAAUUUUUUAGGUAAAAAAGUUUGUCUAUAUAUUUAAAGACUACAACUAAAGAAGUAUUGUGAUCAUAAUAAGACAUUUUGCAAAAAGAGCUGUUUUUAACCGUCCUGAUUUUUUUUUUUGCCCUUAUAUUUUUGGUACAUCGUGUCAUGAGUGUUGUGUUAUCGAACUUUGUCCCUUCACGUGUUAUGCGUUUGUAGUUUUACAUCUACACAGGUACACUGUUAGCAUGCUAAAGGAUUAAACAUGGCAGUUUGUUGAAUAGAGUGCUUUAGCUCUUGUCUACUUUCAAUACCCCAAGAAUGAGGACAGGUUUUUUGCUUUUUAUCAUAAUAUCCCUUGACUUUAAUGAACUACAUUUAACUCAGUUGUGAGAUGAAGUUCAUUUCUGCAGUAUUUUUCUAUGUGUACCUUAGCUAGUUCCUAUUCUAAAAAUGCAUAUCAGAGAAACAUUAACAGUUUGUGAAAACUUUUUUUAUAUUUCCGUUUUUUAAAAUUGAGAUUUGUAUUUGUAGAAUUGUUCAUCGAUCAAGGUGAAGGUGAAGGGGACAGCGAAGAUGGUAAAUUAUUUAAGUAGUGUGAAUGUAGUGCAUUGGAACCACACUCUAUAGACACCCACUUAAUACAGACACCCAUAUAAUAUAACGGACAGUUUCAUUAGUCCAAUGAAAAGCUCAUACAUGUGCAUGUACGCAUAUGUUUUCUCUAAAAUUUACCCAUGUAUACAAUAUGGAAGUUGGUUAAUACAGACAUACAGACACUUUUCUUGCAAAUAUUGUCAACCUGGCAUUACAGACACUGGUUAUCUGCACAGUCUAUGACUGAAUAGCUCACCAGUGAAAACCUAGCAGAAUUAACGGUAAAUGACCUAAUGUUCAGCCCACCUGGCUGAGUCGCAAAUACAAAGUUAAUUAAGUCAUGGAUGCAGGAUUCCAUUGUUGUAUAAUUUCAAGAGAAAUACUUAUACAGGGUCGGAAAGGUAGUUUUAGUCUGAAAAUGAUUGUGAGUUCAUAAGGAUGAACUUGUAAAAGUUAUGGAUAAGAAAUAAAACAAUGUUUCCUCAUCAAAAUACAAAACAUGUGUCCCAGACAUUUUUUUUUUUUGAGACCGGCCCACUCAAUACAGUCACCCAGAUAAUAAUGGACACUAUGGCAUGUCCUCUUGGUGUGUGUAUUAACCAGCUUCCACUGUACUGUCAUUAGUAUGUUUUGUCAAUUACUAAAACUGACUUCUAUGUACAUCUAAUUGCAACAAGGUUGUCAUAGAAAAAAGCAAAAAGCUAAAUAGGAAUUAAUUAGCAUUUAAUUAUCAUAGCUUGCAUCAUUCACAACACACACACUUAUAACUGAAUAUUAAUCACGUAAUAUGAGAGAAAUCAUUUGCAUCAGUUUCUUGGUGUCAUUCUAAUGCAGUUCAAGGCUGAUUCAUCUAGCGAAUUUCAAACGUGCUCAAAUUACAAAUGUACAUUGGAUGUGCGGAAUCUUACAGCGCGGAAUUACAGAAUUAUCUCUUUGUUAUUAUGAAUGACUUAAAUAAUUGUUAAAUUAUUAAAAUAUACAAAUCUAAAUCACAUGGCUAUUAAACUAAUUCCUAUUUUGCUUUUUGCUUUUUGCUUUUUUCUACGACAACAAUAUUGCAAUUAGGUGUACAUGUACAUGUGGCAAAAAAUUAUAAAUAACAAAUGGUUCUCAUAUUAUGAUAAACAUGGCCUUUAUAAGGUAUAAUGAUGUUUACCAAUGUCAAUUAGCUGAUGUGAAAAAUAUGAAAAGAAACCUAGUCUCUCAGCAUUUUUUCUACUUGUACAUUGAAAAGGUUUUGUUUUAAGAGAGUGUUUAUUUUAUCUUGCAGAUGAGGAAGCCCCCAAUCUUGCAAAUUCAGAGGCAAAUUUAACUUCAAAGGUACAUACUAAAAAACUUUGGCUUUUAAUAAUAAUGCCAAAAUUAAAUCUCUCUUUUAACAAGGUUUGUUCAUUUUAUUUUCUUAGAAACGACCACUUCCUUCCGAGACUCCUACAGGACCUCCUAAGAAACUUGCUCGAGUUGAAGAUGGUAAGCAGAUCAUUAUACAUUUCUGGGAAACUGCCCACCUACCCCUCCCCUAAGCUAAUAUUAACACUUACUAUUUACUUAGGACAAAAUGUUGGCUUAGGGUAGGGGUAGGUAGGCAGUUUCCAAACAAUAGUUAGCCUUCAUGGGAGACAAAGAGUUCUGUUAACUUACACAGAACCUUUGUGUACCUUUCACAGAUUCCCAGUAGAUCUUGCCACUUUAUAGUAGGCAAAACAUACCUGUAAAUUUGUGUAGGCUAGUUUUGCUUAAACUUUGUAUUGCUCACCUGUUUUGCAUGUUUAGAGAACAUGCAAUAAAUUGUUAUCUGAGGGUAAUAUGCAGCAGAUGUUUGAAUAACAUAUUGUUUAUAGUUAAAUCAUGUAUUGAUUCAAAUGUGCAAUAUAUGUACAUAUACAUUGUGUAUAAUUUGUGGUUUCUUUUAUUGGUUUUACUAUGUACAUAUACAUGUGAAAAAUAAUAACACUCACUAGAAUCCAACCGAGAUUUCUUUUGUUGCUAUUUUCAGAAGAAGAUGAAAGUGGUGAGGAAGAGGAGGAAGAGGAUGAGGAUGAAUCUAGUGAGGAGCCUGUGAAAAUGGAAGUAGACAAGAAGGAUAAACAGAAAAAAACUGCAGAGACAACUCCAAAAGCAUCUGUAAGAAUUGGUUUUAAGUAAUCUUUUAACAUAUAUCCACCUAAAUUUAGCAACAACAGAAAGAGUCAGAUUUUUUACUGUCUAAAAAUGAUGGAAAUGGGAGUUUCUGGUAAUAAAUGAAAGUGGAAAAACUUGUGGGAGUAAAUGCUCUGGCCUCUGCUAGAAAUUCUCUCUACAGGAAAACAGUCACAAUUUUGCCUUGAUCCAUGCCAAAGGGGUAUGAACUUGUUAUGUUGAUCUUGGAGACAAUAUUGUAUGGUCAUUAAAUUAAAGUAACAUACAUGUACAUAUACAUGUAUAAGGUUAUCAAAGGAAAAUGAAAAAAAAAAUUGAAAAAAUGCUAAAAGGAAUAAUAUUAUAAGGCAUACUCACUGCACUCAAGCAUCCACUCUGAUGAAAGAAUGACACAGAAAACAUCUUAACAGUGGCCAUUUUUGCAAAAGUGUUUUCAGAGUUAUCUAAAUGUCAAAUGUACAUGCAAUUUGCAUGGCUAACUAUUUCCUUUUUGUUUAUGCUUUUUUGUGUCACUAUGUUACAGAUGUAGGUGCACACAUACUAUGCCACUUUUGCUGUUUGACAUUCUUAGAAUACAUUAUGCAAGUGUAUUAUAAAGAAUGCUCGUUAAUUGUUGUUGAUUAUGGAUGUUGCUUUUAAUCAGACUAAUAAAACAGAAGAAAAAGACGCUAAAGCAAAGAAGACAAAGAAGGACAGUGUAGAGGAAGACGAAAGCGAGGAGGAAAGUGAGGAGGAGGAUGAAGAUGAAGACGAGGAGGAGGAGGAGGAGGAGGAGGAUGACGAGUCUGGUGAAGAUGAAAGCGAAGAGGAUGAUGAUGAAGACGAGGAAGAUGAAAGUGAGGAAGAAGAUGAAAUUGCAGACAGUUUGGUGGCAAAGAAGAAGGUGAGGAAUCUUUUUCUCUGGAUUUCUUUGGUCAUGGAAAAUAAUUACCAUUAGAUGUGUGAGGUUUGAUGUGAGAUAACUUAAUUCUGUUCAAUUCCUGCUCCCUUAGGAAAUAAUUUAUACCUUUGAAAAUUUCACUUACUGUAAGUUGUGAAAAUGGCCUAUCAGGCAGCACAUUAGCCUUACAGGCCGUUACUGUACUCUCAUGACUACUGAACAGUACUUUUGUCAAGGGGCUAUUUCUUGCCAUCUGUCUAAAUGAUAGUAAUUAACCACUUAUGAAUGACAAAAUCAGAACUUUGUGUCGAACAAAAUAAUAAACUUUGAAAAGCUGUUCGGCUAACAAGCUAGUUUUCAAAAACCGCAAUUGCAAUCUGUUUCAAUCUCCUCCAAGUUCUAUCUAUCCAUGCCUCCUUUUGUAUAUUUUGUGUUAGUUAUACAUGUACCUUCUUUGAAUGUCCUGAGUAUUUUUUUUUUGUUCUGCUUAAUUUGGUGCCCAGUUCCCACUUUUUUGAUUUUGAUCAAAUUCAUGACACAUCUCCUUUUGAGAUCAUGGUGUAGAAUGUGUUUGAACCCUUUCUGUUUUUACACAGGGAGGAAAACCAGAGCAGAAAAAACCAAUGACCAAUGUAAGUAGCUGCACCACUGUGUGAUGUCUGUGUUUUAGACAUGGUGUAUUAAGGUAGAAAUACCCAGAAAAGACAAUUUCUCUGGCAUUGAGGAGGUUAUUAAUAGGUACAGCUCUCUGGAGGCUAGUAGGACAUUUUCAGCCAUACUGUGUACAUUUCAUAAGGUGUGCUUGUAUCUAUAUUUUGUUUAGUUUUGUCUACUCUUUCUUGCAUACAUUAGAAAAUUGUUGCUGUUUGUUUUCUUUUCUGUAAAGGGAGUCUCCAAACCAGGCAAGAAAACAGCAGAGGAGAAGGAGAAACCACCAAAGACAGCAGCCAAGCAGGUUUGUGAGUAGUUUCGUGUAGAUGUUUGAUGGACUGGCACUGAUAACUGUUUGUGAUAUAACACACUAAGGGUAAGAUUACACAACGGAAAUGAUGUCCAUUGAGAGCAUAUAGUGGCUCGUGAGAUACAUGCGUGUCAAGAAUACAAUGUACAUGUAAGGUACAAUUCAGCGUUGCAGUCAAACCCAUCCUACAGUGGUAACCCAGCCCGUAUGAAGUACAGUGUACAAUGCAAUUCAAGCAAAAAUAAUAUACAGAAACUAAGUGGAAAAGAUUAAUGUUUUUUUCUCUCGUCCUACAUUCUACACUGAUUUGGGGUAUACAUUUGUCACAUUGUUGCAUAAACUCAUCAUUUUGCUUGUGCAUUCAGUAAGUUUUUUCCUCUAUAAAGCGACGGUCCCCUAAAAGUAACGAAAGCCCAGUUUUUCCUUGGACAUCACACCUUGGAUUUCACAGUUUCAGAGCACUGGGCUGCCUAGAAUAAUUUUUCUUGGAGCAUAGCCUUGCCUGUAAGAUGGUUAUAAACUUUAGCACACGCAGAGAGAAAAAAACACUUUGAGGUUGAUUCAUGAACUAUGUUCUGGACAGUACUUGUUGUCACCACGUCUUCUUGGCUUUCUUUUAGACUUGGUAAACCUGUAAGCGUCUAGUUGACCAUUUCCCAAAAGGUGAUUGCAAAGUAUCGGUUUGAAUGUAUAAAUAACUGUUUGUAUUUUCAAUUAAACAGCAAAGUACGACAAAACCUGGAGGGAAAGAUGCUAAAAAACCUGCUCCAAAAACCCCUGAAACAGUAAGAUACAUGUGUAUUGUAAUAUGUUAUAUGUAUCAUUAAAAUUUUGUUUCCCUCUCAAAAUUUACAGAUGAAUCUUUUCCUUUGUUUACACUAAUCAAAACUGGGUUUAUUAAAGCUACAAUGUAUUUUUUGUGAGCGAUGUUUAACUCUACCGUGCGAAAAUCAUUCACAUAAAUAUAAAGUUCAAUUAACUAUUAACUAACCUAAUAACAAUUUCUUUUGUUGCAGCUGAGCAUGGACCAAAUCAAAGAAAAAUUAAAAAAGGUUUGUUGUACGAGAUUUAUGUAGUUCUUAAUGUGUGGCUGGCUCUUUGCGAAUUGUUCUGCCAGCGAGAAAAACAAAAAAGAAACAUUUUUCAUUUGGAAUAUGUAAAGUCACUUCAUAAGUGGGUUGAGUAUGAUCGUCCAGGUGAUCGUAGUCCUGACGUCUCGACUGUCGUUUAGAUAAUCUGUGCGGUAGUCAUCUUCAGAAUCAAAUUGAGUUGUAUCACAUAAGUUGGUGGAUGUUAUUGAUCGUCUGUCAGUUAGCUGUGAUGUUAUUGGCUAUGAAGACUCUAAAUGUCGUUGGUGGGUUUCGAUCUGUCGUAACAGUUGUUUACUUAUGGACUGUUUAGCGAUUAUUGAAUGAGGUUGAGUAGGAUGUGAAGAAUUAUGCAGGUCAAAGGAGAGUGUUAUCCACCGAGGCUGAAGUCCGAAUGAGCCGUUUUUAUUGGUUAUGUCUCCUAGUUUUGCAUUCUUGAGGUGGAAGACUCUCAUAAACAGUUCGAGAUGAUAAAAAGUGAUGUUUUCAUUUUGCAGACACCAAGUCUUCCAAAGAAAGUAGAUAAGUUUAAGAACUACAUGAGAAGUUCUUUUAAGAUGACAGAUGAAGGGGUGAGUUGUUUGUUGUAGUGUUCAUGAUGACGUAAAAACAAUUGCCCUCUGGCAACUCUGCUCAUACAUAAGCAGUAUGAUGUGAUGUAAGAUGGAAACUAAACCAGUGAUGUUACCAAGUUUGAGAUUGGUUUUUAAGGAGAAUAUGAUCCCACAAUUUCCUGAAAUCUUAUCAGACUUUUUUAUGGAUCAUGCAGCCAUACAAACGUCUGUAAAAUGUUCCGGAGCUCUAUCUUUGCUCGUUUCUAAUGUAAAGCGUUCUUUCUCGCACACCAUUCCACACCAUUUCGUUUCAAGAGGACAAGCAUCUUUUUUCAUUUUUUUUUUUUUUUUAUGGAAAAAAUAUGAAAUGGGUCCCUUUUUUUUUUUGGCUUUUUAUUUUAAGUUUUUUUUGUGUUAUUUUUUUGUAUUUUUAGUGGUUCUAAUUUUAAAAAACCUAAUAAGAGUUUUUUAUGGAUCUUUCGGCUUUAAUAACAUUUUUAAAUUUUUCCGGACCUCUUUUUUUUCUUUUUUUUUAUGUUAAGCUUUCUUUCUCGCACACCUUUCCACACCAUUUCGUUUCAAGAGGACAAGCAUCUUUUUUCAUUUUUUUUUUUUUUUUAAUGGAAAUAAUAUGACAUGGCUCACUUUGAUUGUUAGGCUUGUACUUUAAAGUUAUUAUUGUGUUGAUUUUUGACAUUUUGACUGGUCAGUAAGAGAAGAGAGACGUAUUCGGGGUAAAAUUUCUUUGGCCGCGGUCAACACGACCGGCAUCAGUCCCAUAUUUAUUGUUGUAAAAGGUUUAGUUUCCCAGUAUAGAUAAAGUAUAUUGUAAAACUACUUUCAUUCAAUUUCAGACUGUUACAAAACUCUGGGAUUGGCUACAAGAGAACAGAAAGUGAAGCUGUUACUUUAUGCAGAUAGUUGUACCGUCGAAGUAAAUAAACGUUCCUUUUAUAGAUGUUCCCGCCUGUUUCUUUUCUUUAUUUUUAAACAAACGAUCACAUCGCACAUCAUUCUUUGUUAUUGCCACGAAUUAAUGUAUAAUAAUUUAUGGUAUAAGGUUUGAACCAGCAGUCAUUUUAUAAGUAAGUAGAGCAUAAUCUUCCCGAAACAGUCCUUUUCAGGACUACGCACACAGACCGAUCGUGCUCCACUUAACUCAUUAAUAUUUGUUUAAUUUGUUUGUUUCUCUGCAUUGUUAUUUUGAUGUCCUGAGUAAACGACCGUUGUUUGCGGCCCCAUUGCUAUAUUCGCGUGGGAACCCGAAGUGGCGCUGCAAAGGUUCGGCUGUUUUCCCAGGUUUUGCCGCAGGGAGUUUUGCGUUGUAAUUCAGAAAACCGUAGUAUUUGAGUAAUGAGUUGCUCGAGAUUUCGAGAUUGUCUCGGUAGAUGUUUGUAACAAGUUGUCAAUAAAAUAGUUUAAAUAUAAAGUGGUUUUCUAUUGAGUAUCAAAUAGUGUGUACCAUUUGCACCCCAAAACUGGAAAAUUGGUUGAAACUUCCUCAAACAGGACGGUUCCUGUCGAUCGCUAAAGACAAGAUAGAAGGCUAAAAAGGUAUUAUUAGAUAAGGUAUAAGGUCAGUUCAAAAUCUUCAGAAACGCGACCAAACCGGGACGUUUUUUAAUUGGAAUUCACGCAUGUGCGUGUAAAUCGGGUACGAAAAUCUGUUGGGUUUCGGCA